CCCGCCCGCGCCGCCGCCGCCCGUCCACCAUGCACUUGCUGGGCUCCUUCGCCCUGGCGUGUUCCCUGCUCGCCGCUGCGCUCCUGCCGGGUCCGCGCGAGCCGCCCGCCGCCGCCGCCUUCGAGCCGGGACCCGGCCUCCCGGACGCGGGCGAGGCCAAGGCUUAUGCAGACAAAGAUCUGGAGGAGCAGUUGCGGUCAGUGUCCAGUGUAGAUGAACUCAUGACAGUACUCUACCCAGAAUACUGGAAAAUGUACAAGUGUCAGUUAAGGAAAGGGGACUGGCAGCAUAAUGAAGAACAGCCCAACAUCAAUACAAGAACAGAAGAGACUGUAAAAUUCGCUGCAGCACAUUACAAUGCAGAGAUCCUGAAAAGUAUUGAUAAUGAGUGGAGAAAGACUCAAUGCAUGCCACGUGAGGUGUGUAUAGAUGUGGGGAAGGAGUUUGGAGCAGCCACAAACACCUUCUUUAAACCUCCAUGUGUGUCCGUCUACAGAUGUGGAGGCUGCUGUAACAGCGAGGGGCUACAGUGCAUGAACACCAGCACAGGCUACCUCAGCAAGACGUUGUUUGAAAUUACAGUGCCUCUCUCUCAAGGCCCCAAACCAGUAACAAUCAGUUUUGCCAAUCACACUUCCUGCCGAUGCAUGUCUAAAUUGGAUGUUUACAGACAAGUUCAUUCAAUUAUUAGACGUUCCCUGCCAGCAACACUACCACAGUGCCAGCCUGCAAACAAGACCUGUCCCACGGAUUACAUAUGGAAUGAUCACAUCUGCAGGUGCCUGGCUCAGCAAGAUCUUAUUUUUUCUUCUAGUGCUGGAGAUGACUCUGCAGAUGGAUUCCCUGACAUCUGUGGACCCAGCAAGGAGCUGGAUGAAGACACCUGUCAAUGUGUCUGCAGAAGGGGACUUCAGCCCUCCAGCUGUGGACCCCACAAAGAACUAGACAGAAACUCAUGCCAGUGUGUCUGUAAAAACAAACUUUUCCCGAAGUCAUGUGGGGCCAACAGAGAAUUUGAUGAAAACACAUGCCAGUGCAUAUGUAAACGAACCUGCCCAAGAAAUCAACCCCUGAACCCCGGAAAAUGUGUCUGUGAAUGUACAGAAAAUUCACAGAAAUGCUUCCUAAAAGGAAAGAAGUUUCAACAUCAAACAUGCAGUUGUUACAGGAGACCGUGUACAAACCGGCUGAAGCAUUGUGAGCAGGGGCUUUCAUUCAGUGAAGAAGUUUGCCGCUGUGUCCCCUCAUACUGGAAAAGACCGCAUAUGAACUAAGACUGUACUAUUUUCCAGCUCGUCAUUUUUCUGUCACGGAGAACUGUUGCCACUAUUUAGAACUGUCUAUGCGCAGAGAGGCCUUUGUGGGACCACGGUAACAAAGACAAGGGGCAGUGCUUUCUGAAACACGUGGGUGACUUUACAGAUACGGACUGGGGCUCCUCUGCCAAAGACCUCUUUUAAAGACUGGUUUUCUGCCAACGACCAUACAAUCGAGGUGUUUCUCUUCUGAUUUAAAAAGAAAUAAUGACUAUAUAAUUUAUUUCCACUAAAAAUAUUGUUUCUGCAUUCAUUUUUAUAGCAAUAACAAUUGGUAAAGCUCACUGUGAUCAAUAUUUUUGUAUCAUGCAAAAUAUGUCUAAAAUAAAAUGAAAGUUGUA